CAGUCAUUACAAAAGUAAAUAUUGAUAAUGAGGAAUCUAAUAACAAGAUUACAAACCUGAAUUUUCGUUACAAUCAAGGAAUUAAAAAACUAUAAAUUACAAAAACAUAUCCAAAUGAGAAAAAUGGUAAUUGUAGAAAAAUAUAUGGCAGGUUUUAAGGCUAAUAAAAAUAGGAAUAGGCCUAUAGUUUUGAAUUUAUUAAAUUGUAUAAAAUAAGGUACUGAUGGUAAAGUUUAUGAUGUAAUGGAUGUUAAUACAUAUAUCUAAUUGGUGAGUGAUUAAUAAUAAUCGUAAAACAUUCCUAAAUCAUUAAAGUGUAAAUGUUAUAAAUCUAUGUGUUUAAAAUAAUAUUGUGAUUGUUUUGCGAAUGGAAACAUGUGUACAACAUAAUGUCAAUGUCAGGGAUGUCAUAAUACUGAAGAUUAUGUAGAAGAGAGAGAGGAAGCAAUAAAUAAAUUGAAAAUGCAAAAUUAAUCAAUUGAAGUAAUUAAUAAAUAAAAAUUAUUAAGAAAGAAGUACCUGUUGGAAUAAAUUGUAAAUGCAAAAAGUCUAAAUGCUAAAAACGUUAUUGUGAUUGUUAUUAGAAUAAUUAGAAAUGCAGUGAAAGUUGUUAAUGCAUUAAUUGUUUGAAUUAAUUGGAAAAGAUAGAAUAAGUAGAUCAAAGAUUAAUGAUGAAUUCAAUCUCUUAAUUUGAUGAAAAUAGCCGAUUACCAAAGUCACCCUUAUUUUAAAAUAGAUAAGGUCUUUUCAGAAGAGCUGAUAGUAUGAAUUAUUCAAAUUCCUUUGGUUAUUCUAGAAGUAUUUAGAAUAAAUUAUUAUAAAUAUUAGGAGGAGUGCUGAUACAACAUGAAGGACCAUAUUAUUUAAAGUAAGACUCAUAAGGAUUUAAUUGA